ACGAUUGUACGGGUGCAAAUAGAUAAAGCAGCUGGCGGACCUUCGUCCGUUGUGGCAGGCUCUCGAAACGAUGAAUCUGCUAGCGAUAACUUUAGUGAUUCUAUGUCUGGCACUGGCAAUCCCUGCAGCACCGUGCAACGAACAGAUCGAGGUCGAAGAUCGCGAGUGUACCGAUACCGAGUACGAGGCGUACCGGAAAUGCAUCGAAGAAAAGAAAGCUUUGCGAGCGAAACGGCAAACGACGACGGGAUUGCCGUGUCCCGGCGUUCAACCCAUACUGCCCAUGGUACAAACGGAACGCCCGUUUGAGGUGCUGGUACCCGUGGAACCACUCAAAAUCAUUCGUCAGCCGGCCCUCAAAAGCCUGGACCGAACGAUUAUCGUACGUACGGAACAGAACGAGGAUGAUGAAGAGGAGCAGGACAGUGCGUACUACCAUUUGCCGGCCAACGUGACGACCAUCAUCCGUCUAACGGCCGUGGUGAACAACACGAACCACAUUCACAUGCCAACGACACUCAACAACACCAACGUGAACAACAUCCACAUCUACAGUAACCAAUCGAAUGGUGAGUGGCCGCAGGAUCGCGACGACACGACGGAUCAGCAGUGUUGCACGGCCGUGCGGCCAAAGAGUUGCCACACGACGACGGCCGGGGGAGGAAUCCGCUGCCAACACCGUCGAUUCCGCACCUGCGGACCACAGUGUACGGCACCGAUCAUACACGUGCAGAAGCGGAAACGUUGCCACCCGGCCAGGGGUAACUGCGAAGAGAAGAUCGCGUACGUUCCGCAGCCCGAAAAACCGACCUGCGUUUACGUGGAUCAGUGGCCGUACGUGGUGUGUGGCAAGAUUGCCAACAUGACUGUCGUGUGCGCCGGGUGCUACGAUCACUACGGAGAGGGCCGUGAGGCGUACCAGGCGCGCUUCAACAUGCAGCAACAGUGUAUCGGUUGCUAUGACGAUGCGUUCGAUACGGGACCACUGUACAGGCGUGGCCCGGUCCUGCGUCCCUUCUACUACCACGAGCCACCGUGCUAUCUAACCGGAGACUGCCCUGAUUCAUUCGAUGACUGCGGCUACGGUUGCUACGGUCAUGAGCUGAUCGAUCCCGUCUGGGGUUCACAGGAAGUGGAAUCGGACGGCAGACCAGCGGUUGGUCCAGCGACCAACGUGGUGUACGUUUCGGAUGAUUUGGAGAUUUCACAGCAACCGUCCAGUGACUGGGGCACACCAACGUACAAAUGUGCCGUGGCCGAUGGCGAUAGGAUCACGGUGACGAACUGUACCGGCAAGAUUAGCAAUCCGUUCGUGGUGCCACCGGCAGAACAUCCGUUCUACAAACCCGUACAGCUGGAUUCACUGGAGCAACGCGAGCGAACAACCGAAGCAUCGCCACCGAUGGAAACGAUCGAUAUUGACGGUGAUAACAUGGACGGAUCUGGGGAAGUGGAUAACAAUGAAGUUUUCCUCGUCGGAGAUUACGAAGACCAGGACUUUAACUUGUAAAUAAAGCUCGUUGCAGCGU